CUCUGCAGAAUCCAGAGAUGACCUUGUGCCUGGUGAAAACCCCUGGGGCCUUCUGCUGGAGUCGAGACGCUUCUCCUUCCAGAACAUCAGAAGCAGGCCCUUCUGGUGGGAUGGAGUCUGAGCCGGGCACCUCCGGGCUGCUCGAGGGAGACGGCACGGACAACAGGGAGACCUGGAACAACCGAGUCCAGUACAUCAUGGCGCAGGUGGGCUGCUGCGUGGGACUGGGCGCCAUCUGGAGAUUCCCUUCUCUGUGCCACAAGAACGGAGGCGGGGCCUUCCUUUUCCCCUAUAUGCUGCUGCUUUUCACCCUGGGCUUCCCUUUGGUGUUCUUGGAGAUGGCUUUGGGGCAGAACCUUCGCGUUAACGUCUGGACAAAGAUCCACCCCAAGAUGUGGGGCGUGGGCCUGGCCUGCAGCAUGGUGUGCUUCUUGACGAUUGUCUACUAUAACGUGUUCAUCGCCUGGGGCAUCUUCUACCUCAGCAACACCUUCCAGUACCCGCUGCCCUGGAGCCAGUGCCCGGAAGUGAAUGGCAGCAUGCCCAAUCUUGGCUGCGCCUGCACCAGCCCGGCCGCCUAUUUCUGGUUCUGUCGGACCCUGGAGAUCACCAGCAGCAUCGAGGAGAGCCAGGGCUUCGUCCCCAGCCUCGGCCUGUGCAUCCUGGUGGUCUGGCUCGCGGUCACGCUCCUCUCCAUUCAGGGCCUGAAGUGCCAGGGGAAGAUCCUCUACUUCUCCGUGACCGUCCCCUUCGUCAUCCUGCUCUGCUUCCUCAUCCGGAGCUUCCUGCUGGAAGGCUCCGUCUACGGCCUCCGCCACUUGAUGUUCACCAGGUUUUCGGCCAUGGCGUCCCCGAGGGUGUGGCACGAGGCCGGGAUGCAGGUGUUCUUCAAUCUGGGGCUGGGCUUCGGCACCCUCGUGGUCCUGGCCUCCUUCACGAGCAAGGACAGCAACAGCGCCCAGGACGCCUUCAUCCUGGUGUUCGCCAGCCUGACCGCCUGCCUGCUGGCCACCCAGGUGGUGUUCAGCAUGCUGGGCUUCCGCGCCUCCGUCACCAUCCGCCAGUGCAGCAUCCAGAACACUGUGAAAUUGGAGCAGCUGGUCAAAAUGGGGAAGCUGCCCCCAGAGGCGAGCCCUCCCCCAGAAAUGCAGAGCAAGCCAAUCAAAACAUUCACCAUAUGGCUCUACAAACUUGAGACACCCCUGAGGAACAAGAUUUUGGAGCACGUGUCGGAUUGCAACUUGGAGAAGGAACUCAUAUAUAACAAGGAAGGCCCCGCCCUGAUCUUUGUGGCCUUCGCCGAGGCCAUAGCCCACUUCUCCUCGACCCCCAUCUGGUCGGUCAUCUUCUUCCUGAUGAUCGUCAGCCUGGGGCUGACGACUUCCCUGGCGCUGAUGCAGGCCAUCCGGGUCCCCCUCCAGGACACCUUCCCCUGCCUUCGAAGCUCCUCUUGGACCGUCACGAUGAGCAUCAGCUGCCUGGGCUUCCUGGUCAGCCUCCUCUUCACCCAGCGCUCUGGCUUCUACCUCCUGACCAUCUUCGAUGACUUCGUGGUUUCCGUGAUUCUCUUUGUCGUGGUCCUCUUUGAGAACGUUAGCGUGGCCUGGUUCUACGGGGCUAAGAGGUUCUUCAAUGAAAUACAGGACAUCAUAGGCUUCAGGGUCAGCCUCAUGCAUGAUUACCUGAUGCGCUUCUUCACCUUGCUGGGGAUAGUGAUCCUGACUGUGUGCAGCAUGAUAGAUCUGGUGCUGAAGGAUCACACCUACCAAUCCUGGGACAAGCACACUGGCACAAAGGCGCAGCUCUUCUACCCAACGUGGGCCAUCAUCCUGGGCUUUAGCUUGGCCUUCGUGACCUUCCUGCCCAUCCUGGUCGGCAUGUUCAAGUGUCUCAAGAAGUUCAAGAAGUCCGCCGUGUCCCCACUGCCCAAAAGUCUGUACCCCGAGCUCCCCGUGAUAUCCUCCAUUCACGAGUCGGCGCAGGAGCCGCAAGCAGGGCCCUCUAAGUUCUGAGCCCGGCCCACAGAGGCCCAAGUUCAAUAAAAGGCCGGUGGGCCGCUGGUA